AUGAAGAAACAAGGGUACAUUCAAGGACAAGAUGAUCACACCUUGUUCACAAUGUUCUCCCAUGAUGGGAAAUUGGCUGCCCUGAUUGUAUAUGUUGAUGAUAUUAUCCUUACUGGAGACGAUACAGUUGAAAUGGCAAGAGUAAAAGAGAAAUUAGCAGUAGACUUUGAAAUCAAAGACUUAGAAUCCAUGAGAUAUUUUCUUGGUAUACAGGUUGCUCGGUCAAAGAAUGGUACUGUGUUUUCACAGCAAAAAUACAUUCUAGACGUAUUGAAAGAAACAGGAAAUAGUGGAUGUCGUCCUGCAGAUACCCCUAUGGAUCCUAAUGCUAAACUUUGGGGAGAAGGCAGUGUUCCUGUUGAUACUGGAAGAUAUUUGAGAUUGGUUGGAAAACUGAUUUAUUUGUCACACAACCGACCUGAUAUUGCUUUCUCAGUUAGUGUAGUAAGUCAAUUUAUGCAUUCUCCUUACGAGGAACAUCUUGAGGCAGUCUACAGAAUACUGAGAUAUUUGAAGGGAAAGCAUGGUAAAGGCUUACAUUUUAAGAAAACUAGUGAAAGAAAUGUGUCUAUCUUCACUGAUGCUAAUUGGGCAGGCUCAGUCACAGAUAGAAGAUCAACCUCUAGAUAUUGUACCUAUGUUUGGGAUAAUCUUGUGACAUGGAGGAGCAAGAAAGAAGGAGUUGUAGCAAGAAAUAGUACAUAA